AUAAUGAAAAUACAUAUAUGAACUGUGGCAAGUUAAUAUGCAAAGAAAAAUGUACAUAUUUAUUGCUGAAUAAUGAUUAGGGAGGCUUCAGAGGAGAUGACAGGUGUAGGAAAGGACAGGCGACCAUGCUCCUUGCAAAUUCAUUUCAGUCUAUUUUAUGCCAUCCCAAUCAAUAAUGCGUUGAAAGAUAUAGAUUUUGCUUGUGCUCCUAACGUCCUGAGCGUUCUCAGGACAACCAGUGUGUUUCAGCAGAGGAGACAGGCCUGUGGGAGAGAUCAGAUCCCCUGGGGACCGAAGGUAGAGUGGAGUGCAAAGAAGGGUCAGGUCUUCCUGAGACCAGCCACUAUCUUUCUGAAUGGUUUAAGGCAUGGUUUGGCCUAGGGAUGCCACUUUAAAAUUGGUUAUAUCCUCACUGCGGGAACUGUAAAGGAACCGAAAGCAGUCCACAUCGGGGCCUCUUUUUCAGGAAUAUGUGUUUAUAAUCCCUGGCACAUCACAUUUAGAAAAUGCAAGCCUUCAAAGAAAUGCUGGUUUUCCCAGUACUUCUAGCUUUCUUUGGAAUGACCAAAUGCCAGGAAUUACCAAGUUAUGACAUGCUAGAGGAGUUCCGUGUAUCUAAGUCCAGAGGGGUGAGGAAAGUAGACGGAUCUGAACCUGAUUCAGUGGCCUACCGUGAACCCUGCCAUCCACCUACGCAAAACAAUGAGUGAUGUGUACCCCGACGGCCUGCCCUCCGACUACUCCAUCAUUGCCACAUUUAAGGUGACGAAGGACGCCGCCAAGAGGUCCUGGAACUUGUGGCAGGUCAGCGACACUGAUGGACGUGAACAGGUGGGCCUCCGUUUUCAGGGCGACACACGAUCUCUGGACUUCUUCUACACCAGCCCCCGUGGCACCCAGAUGCUGCGCACAUUCCACCGGGUGGAAAAGCUGUUCGACGGCGAGUGGCACAAGCUGGCGCUGCAGGUCAAGGGCGAUAAGGUCAAGUUGCUGGUGGAUUGCGAGGAGGUGAGCGUGGAGCCCAUCGACAAUCCCAGACCCAUCAUCCACCAAGGUUACACCUCCAUUGUAAAGAGGGCUGUGAGAGACCGCUCCGCCUCAGUAGACCUCCAGCAGAUGGAUGUGUCCUGUGAUCCAGAGAAGGCCUACUCAGAGGACUGCUGUGAGCUCUCCAGUGUGUGUGGAGGGUAUGGUGAAAUUGGACUGACAGCAGGAAGGGCCACCUGUACGUGUAUGCCCGGACAGCCUGGCAACCAGGGGCCCCCAGGAACAAAGGGUCACAGAGGUCGCCCAGGCAACACAGGAGAGCCAGGAAGACUAGGCAACUGGGGAGGUAUGGGACAGACAGGUGACUAUUGCCAUGUUGGGGAGCCAGGCCCUAAGGGCAUUGAAGGAAUCAAAGGAAAUAAGGGGAUGAGAGGACUUCAUGGCCUUUAUGGUGAAAGAGGUCCCAAAGGUCUGAAGGGAUUACAAGGCACCGGGAGCUUCAAGGGAACUCGGGGGUCACUUGGAGAGCUGGGUGAGACCGGAGAACAAGGAGGAACUGGAGAUCCAGGUCCACUUGGAUAUGAAGGAAUUCCAGGAUAUACUGGAGUGAAAGGAGAAGAAGGGCCCUCCGGUGUUGAAGGACCGGUUGGGGCACAGGGAGCGCAGGGUGUUGUAGGUGAUCCUGGAGAGACCGGAGCUGCUGGGGAAAAGAGCCAACCUGGUACCCAAGGAGCAGAAGGAAGAUAUGGCACCAUUGGACAAAAGGGCAUUAUUGGAGACCCCGGUUUGCCUGGGAGAGAUGGUGACAUAGGAGUAGAGGCUUAUCAAGGACCACAGGGCCCGGAGGGCAGAAACGGCCAAUUCGGAAUAAUGGGGGAGAAAGGAGUGCUGAGGCCAGCAGGGGAGAUGGGGCCUCAAGGCCAAACUGGCCCCAGAGGUUAUAAGGGAUCAGCAGCAAAGCCAGGAAGACCCGGAUUUAUUGGACCCCCAGGACCUGUCGGGCAUGUGGGAGUAGCUGGACGGCCAGGCCCCAAGGGAGAUACAGGCAUUGAAGGGAUCCAAGGAGUCAACGGUGCAAAGGGAGAAAAGGGAGAAAAGGCAAGUUUGGAGACGUGGGUGCACAGGGUCUCCACGGUGGUCGGGGGAAGCGUGGGCCAGGGGGCGAGCCUGGACGCACUGGCCCAGUUGGAAUUAAGGGUGUCCGGGGUGAUGGAGGACCAGUCGGGUUUCAGGGUCCUCCAGGGCCACCGGGCCCAACCCUCCCCGCUCAACACGUGAUUGAGGUCUGCAAGAGAGUGGUGCUGGAACAGAUGUCCACCUUUGCCAACUCUGUGAAAAGGACAUGUGCUGCCAUGUGCCCACUCUACGGGGA